GAAGCUUCAAAAUUAAAUCAAUUAAGAGUAUGAUGCCAAAAGUGAAGAAUAUCAAAACAAGCAAACACAAAUCUCAGCACAGGUCUUCCCUCAGCUUGAAAGAGAACCUGAGUCACAACCCGAAGCAGGCUAAGCGUAAUGAAGGAAGAGCAGAAAUCAUUGAGAGAAAGAGAAGAGAGUACUUGGUCAGGAACAGCCAUAACAAGAUGUAUCUGUAUAAUAAGCAACACUUGAAUAAAGAAAUCCAACACCAGUCUCUCCAUGGCACCCAGAUUAAGAUAAUGAGCAAAAGUAACAGCAAGGAGGCACUAAAUAAAAGUCAUGAGAAAAGACCUGUCAACCUUGAUUACAAAUAAAAUAACUGAGUCGGCUAUUAACCAAAUUCCUGUGCUGUUUAAGUCUAUUUCUCAAUUGAAACCUCAAUUUCAGAACCCUCCUGCUCAGAAGAUGAAAGAUAUGGAUCUCAACAAAGAAAAGAAUAAUAUAUCUCUCUACCUAGAAGCACCCAUUCUUAAACUUCAAGAAGUUGAGAGAUCCUCUUCAACAAGUCAAAAAGAAGAGAAAGAAUUUGAAGUUGACGAUGAAGUCGAGGUCAAACAUAUAAAAAAGAAAGAAGAGAAGUCAAUCCUUGAUAAUGGAGGAAUUAAUGAAGCUUGAGGGCCGAGUCCGAAGAACCAAAUUCUUCCCAACAAAGAUUUGUUCGUGAGCUCUGAUAAGCAGAAGAGCAGCGAAAGAGACUCUAUUAAGAAUAAUGAGAAAAGCAAAGAUUAUAGCCCAAGGAUGAAGAAGCAUGUUUCUAACCUUCCCAUUAAGUCUUUUGAAAUGGACUGCUCUCCUUUGUCUCAGAAAAAGAUGAUGAAAAAUGUAAAACUAUCUCCUCUUCACAGUAGAGGUAGCUUUAAUGCUCCUACAAAUAGCUCUAAAGGUUUCUUAAAUAAGAACAAAGAAGCUCUGAAACCAAUAAAAAUGAGAACUCUCCUCGAAGGAGAAACUGAAAGUCCUUCUAUAAAGUACCGUUCAUCUUAUAAGUCAAGGAAAGAUGAUGGUGUCAUGUAUAAAACAAUUCAAGACAAAUAUUUCGGAGAAGACUCCUAUGAUAACUACUUUGACCUCUCUAAACUUGGGAAAAUAGGACUCCAGAAUAAUCAUAUGAAUCCGAAAUUUGAAUCAGAGAUAAGAUUGAGCAAGAUUAAUGACAAGUCUCAGCAAGAAAGGAAACUUAAUAUCGAGCUUAAAGGAACCUCUUUCAAAUCCAGAUUUAAGCCAAUAAGUCCAUCGUCCAAGCUUCAGAAGGAUAAGCCUAAAGCAGUUGUUACAAAGAAAGAAAUUAAGCCGUCCAAAGUAGAGAAGAAAGAAGAGAUUAUUAAUCACAAGAAAAAUGUUCCACAAAGGAGCCCAAAGCUAAGCCAGAUCAAUGAAAACAUCACUCCAAUAGAUAAUGAGAGUCAUGUUCAUACACUCUACUCUCCAGUGCAGACUAGAAAAGGGUUUAAGCAGAAACUAUGUGAUGUGAGUAAGAAAAUGAACCCGAUUGUCACCCCUAUUACCAAUAUACAAUACCCUGCUCAAGAGAGUUUGUCUCAGGAUGAAGAUUCUUUCUCAGACCACAUAUAUCAGACAAAGGUAAAAAUCAAGAGAAAGAGUCCAAGAAAAAGCAAGAGUAUCAACCUCAGUAUAAACAAUUCCAAAGAUUCAGCUGCUUUUAACCUUGUCUGCCUCCAGCUCAGCUCGGAAGGGAAGACCUACGAAGAAAUGCAAAAGAAAAUGAUAAAGCAGCAAAGAUUGAACAAGAUCCUACAGAGGAGUAUCCAAAAGAAGCAGGAAAUGAUCGAGUCUAGGUACAAGUUAGCUGCACAGCCUAAUGAUCAGAUUGAAAAGCUGUUUAACAAGCUACACCAAAAUAGUAGCGAUAGCUUGCCUGAAGACUCCAAUCUUAUGAAUGAAAUUAAGAAUUGGGCAAAUUAUUCAUUAGAUCCUCCUCAAGUGAAACCUCAAAACUCUCAGAUUGCUAGUCGUAAGCAGAAAUACCUAAAAAGCCAAUCAUUGAUCAAGAAUAUGAAUAGAUAUAAAGAAGACUAUUUCGUGGAGAAAAUAGAUGAAGAGGAUUCUACUAGCCAGAAUCCUAAAAGGAAAGUUCACCAUUCAUUUGUGAGAACAAGAACUUUUAAGCCUGAGAACUAUAGUGUUUCUAUUGGAAACAUUGAUGAAAUUCAGAGAUCAAUUCAAUAUGAGAGAUUAAAAUCCCUUCAAAAGCACAAAGACAGAUAUCCUAUCAAAAGAGGAAAGUUCUUCCAUAUGAACACAAUUGAGCAGAACAUGAAAGUCCUGAACAAUAUCCUGCCAAGUCAGCAUUCAGAUAUCUAAUCAAAACUCCAAAAUAGUAAAAUUUUUAGAAGAUCAAGCACCAUUCUAUCA